CGCCACUCAGACAAGGCAUCAUGGUGAAGGAGCCCGGCAGCAAAAAGCAGGGAUGCGACUGCAGGCGCUUCCUGAAGAACAACUGGCUCCUUCUCAGCACCAUCCUCGCCGUGGUCCUGGGCAUUGGACUAGGAGUUGCUGUUCGGGAAUAUGGGAAACUUUCAAAUCUGGACAAAUUUUACUUUGCGUUUCCUGGAGAAGUUCUGAUGAGAAUGCUUAAGCUCAUCAUAUUACCAUUAAUUAUAUCAAGCAUGAUAACAGGUGUUGCUGCUUUGGACUCCAGUGUUUCUGGAAAGAUUGGUUUACGAGCAGUUGUAUACUACUUCUUCACUACAGCUUUAGCUGUAAUCCUAGGGAUUGUAUUGGUUGUGACCAUCAAACCAGGAGUAUCCCAGAAAGCUGAUGAAAUUGACAGGAUGGGUAGCACACCUGAAGUCUCUACAGUUGAUGCCAUGUUAGACUUAAUUAGGAAUAUGUUUCCAGAAAAUCUUGUACAGGCCUGUUUUCAACAGUAUAAGACCAAACGUGAAGAAAUAACAAUCACAAAUGGCAACAAAAAUGGCACAGUUCCUACAGAAGAACCAGUCACAAUUAUAAUGCCAACAGAGACUUCACAGAAUAAAACUAAGGAAUACAAAAUAGUGGGCAUGUAUUCUGAUGGCAUUAAUGUGCUCGGCUUGAUAGUCUUUUGUCUUGUCUUCGGAAUUGUUAUCGGGAAAAUGGGGCAAAAGGGACAAGUGUUGGUGGACUUUUUCAAUGCACUGAACGAUGCGACAAUGUAUAUAGUUCAGAUCAUAAUGUGGUAUAUGCCAUUGGGUAUUUUAUUUUUGAUUGCUGGAAAGAUAAUAGAAGUUGAAGACUGGGAGAUUUUUCGCAAAUUGGGUCUUUAUAUGGCUACUGUGCUAAGUGGACUUGCUAUCCAUUCUGUUGUAAUUCUGCCAUUGAUAUACUUAAUCAUAGUCCGGAAAAAUCCGUAUCAAUUUGCCAUAGGGAUGGCUCAAGCACUUUUGACAGCACUCAUGAUUUCCUCUAGUUCAGCCACUUUACCUGUCACCUUUCGCUGUGCAGAAGAAAAAAACCAUGUUGACAAGAGAAUUACCCGAUUUGUUUUACCAGUUGGAGCUACAAUCAACAUGGAUGGUACCGCCCUGUAUGAAGCGGUGGCUGCUGUUUUUAUUGCACAGCUUAAUGACUUAGAGCUAGAUAUUGGCCAAAUAGUGACAAUUAGUGUAACAGCAACAGCAGCCAGCAUUGGAGCUGCAGGAGUCCCACAAGCUGGACUAGUGACCAUGGUGAUUGUACUCAGUGCGGUUGGGCUGCCUGCUGAAGACGUUACUCUCAUCAUAGCAGUGGACUGGCUUCUGGAUCGAUUCAGAACAAUGGUGAACGUUCUUGGUGAUGCCUUUGGAACUGGAGUUGUAGAGAAGCUCUCCAAAAAUGAACUCGAGCAGAUGGAUGUCAACUCUGAAGUCAACAUAGUGAAUCCUUUUGCCUUGGAAACAACCAUGCUAGACAGUGAGGAAACAGAGACCAAGAAAUCCUAUGUGAAUGGAGCGUUUGCCAUAGAUAAAUCUGACACCAUAUCAUUCACCCAGACAUCACAGUUCUGAAGCUGAUUGACUGACAGGGGAGCCACACUGGAUUAAAGGACAUGGGAGGCCCUAUCUUGAACCAUAUUCUGGGCACCUCACACUUCUGACCCCAUAUACUGUCCUUUGUCUAUAUAUUCAUACAGGCACACAAAAGGGACAGACACAUGUCCUCUGUUUCACUCACUCACACACACACACACACACAUUCUCAGCUGCCACAACAGGAAGAGGAGAGUCAUUCUGCUCCUCCUGUGCAGGCUACUAGUAUUUUACAUUUCCCCACAACUGAGACAACAGGCACUCUUCCUCCCCAUUCCUUUGAUGUGGGAACAGCCAACGUAUUCAUAGGUUUUUACAGGAGCCAAAGUGCAGAAAGAUAGGCAUAUUCCAAGUAUAGAUAUGUUUUCACAUCAGGUGACCCAACAUAUCUGAGACCCUACACUGUAGCAGGCUACGAAUACCCAGCCAUACUUGCAUAGGAGUUCUGAAGGAUAUUAUCACACAUGAAAUCCUGUAGCAAGCUAAGAGGAUAAUAGUGUUCCUUUGACACAGAGACUGUGUUUGCAGCAUUUGAUCAUUGUGGGCAGAGUUAUGAAAAAGAGAUUGUAAAAAUAUGUAUUUUAAAAAAAUGUUGCGGCAUAUUCCUGAGGAUUGUAUAUGUCUGCUUGCAGUGAGCAUGCUCAUAAGUUGGGACAAUGAAUGGAGGAUGUUUUCUGAGGCAUUAUGCAGUGUUUUCCAUUCAGCCAUUUUCUGCAUGGAAUUAUUUUUUAAAAAAAAACUACAACACCUUCACCUUAUUAGAAUUAAAUUUUAGGACGUUUCUCUACAAAUUGAUUCUGUGCCAAAAUAUUAAUCCCUGUAGCUAAUUAACUAUUAAAUACAAAAAGGAGAUGACAAUAGUCCUGCAAUAAGUGUUAACUUUUUAAAAUUGUGUGUAUUUUUUAAAGUAAAUUACUAUGAAAAUUUGAAGUUGCCAGGUAACUACUUUCAUUAUUAUAUUUUCUUUUCCAUCUUAUACCAAGGAAGACUUCAGAUGCUAAGCUAAUCACAAAAGCUUUGCUGCAAAUUGAAAUUCUGAUUAUUUAGUUUUCUGAAUUUAUUAGUCUUCUUUUGGAAGUGGCCAAAACAUUUUCAGAGCUGCUAGUACUUAUUGGAUCUAAAGAAAAACAGAUAAAGUAGAGGGAAAAUACAACAUUCAAUGAACAGAUAUCUGCUCGUGCAAUGGGGCCUUCCCCCCCCCCUUUUCUCCUCCCCACUCUCAAAACCUUCUCCUGAG